AAUUUAGUAGUUUGUCGACAUUCUCAAGCCUGACAGCUCCAGUUGACGGCACAGCUUCACAAUCACUCGAUUCAGCAAGACUCUACUCAUGUUAUGAAGGCAUGUUCUGGCCUCUCGCUAUUCACAUCCCGGCAGCGAAAGCUCUACUUCUUCCUGCUCGUGAUCCGAGUUCUAUUCGCCUUAUUCUCACCGUCAUAUAUCCACCCAGACGAGCAUUUCCAAACAGUCGCUCCUUUGACUUCAAGGGCACGAUACGAUGAAGACCAGCUGACGUGGGAAUGGACGGGCGAGAAGCCAAUACGAAGUGUUGUACUCCUAUGGCCGAUUGUGGGAUCUAUCUUCCGCCUGACGGGCAACAAUACGCAAUUGGCAUUGCUCGGACUUCGAAUGCUUUGGUUCAUAAUGUCACUUGGAGUUGAUCUUGCGAUACCACAUCUUGUCGCACCCGGAUCAGCCGCCAUUCCCCUACUGUUGUACGCCUCGUCAUACACCACACUGACAUAUCAGGCUCAUACAUUCAGCAAUGGCAUUGAGACAAUCCUCGUGGUAUGGUCCAUCGUUCUCUGCUUCCGCCUCCGAGCACGACCUUCAGCAACCCAUUCCGCUCUACUUGGCUUGCUGGCAGCUCUCGGCAUUUGGACUCGUGUCACAUUCCCUGCAUUCCUCCUGCCGGCCAUUGUGAGCCUGAUUCCCCGCUUCUUGUGUCGUUCUUCGCUUUUGGCUGCCUCGGGUUUUGCUUUCAGCGCAACGGCAUUCGGAGCGAUCUUAGUCGACAGUGCCUACUUUGCACGAGAUGGUUGCGUUAUCACGCCGCUCAAUAACCUCAUGUACAACACGUCCUCCGCAAAUCUCGCUUUGCAUGGAAUCCAUGCGCGGUACACGCACUUCGUGGGAAACCUGCCCCUCCUGCUUGGUCCUGCCCUUGUGUUGGUGUUUGUGAAGAUCAGGAGGUUGGGUCUAUUAUUCUGGUGCGCCAUGAGCGGCGUGGCUAUUGUCAGCAUCUUUCCUCAUCAAGAACCACGUUUCCUUCUUCCGGCCGUCCCCCUUAUCCUGUCUUCGAUUACUUCACUUCCUGGGCGUCGAUUCUGGAGAACGUGGCUUGCGACAUGGGUCAUAUUCAACACUGUGCUUGCCAUCUUGAUGGGCGUGCUACAUCAAGGCGGCGUUGUGCCCACUCUUCUCGCUGCGAAGCAGCAAUUGGCUGUCUGCCCGAGUGGUGAACGGACAAUGGUUUGGUGGAAGACGUAUACACCACCAACGUGGCUCCUGGGCUCAAUGCCUAUCAAUACUCGUGACAUGGCCGGGACUAACUGGGACGAUGUCAAGUCUGUACUUGAUGCCUCUGCUAUUUCCUUUCCGGGUCAGAAGUGGUGCGCGAAGACGCUGCUAAUAGCACCGGUGUCAGCCCGGAGAGUCCUGGGUGGGACAUAUGUGCUGGAACAAGUUCUUGUAUCUCCUUGGCACAUUGGCCUGGACGAUUUAGACUUCGAGGAUGGUGUGGCUAAGGAACUGAAGCGAGUACUGGGAGGAUUGGGUUUAGGAGUUUGGGCGCUUGUUGAUGCCCAUUGAGACGAUACCCAAAUAUACCUACCAAAUGGAGUUCUUGCUUUGUCAACGAUCGUUCGAGUAUGCCUGGCUAUGAAGUAGAAGUCAAUAUAUGCU